AGAGAGAGAGACGAAUAAGAAGAAGGCUUCCGCUCAACACUUCGCCGUCCUAUUCCAAUCGGAACUUCGCCAUAGCGAGAGAGAGAGAGACGGCGAAAGAGAGAGAGAGCACCGCCGCGGGUAAGUAGCAUCGCCGCUGAUUGGAAUUUUUUUUUCUUUCUAAUUUUGAGAUCCUGAUUUUUGGGCCCCAAAUUGGAACAAUGGUUGGAGACAAAAUGGAGACCUAGAAAUUUCAGAUCCGUGCUUUCAUUUUCCUGAUGGUCUUCGUCUUCCUUCCUCCUCCGCACCCUCUCUGCUCACGCUCGCUGGAAACCAUGUUUGGGACUAGGGUUUCGAAAGUAACCACGUCUGAAACCAUUGGAUUUUGCUAGGACAAAGGCGGUGGCGGGCCAGUGGGUGUGGGGUCAUUGUUGAAUUAUCUUCAACAAUGUUUGUCACAUUGGAGUAUAAAAAUUUGAAUGAAUGUACAAGGACAAACCUCUUAGGAGAAAGCUCAAGAGUAGAAUGAUUAUGGAGCAAACCAUGUAAAAUGUGUUUCCCAAGAAAGCGAGGAAUGAUGAAAGCCUAACUCCGUCCAUGGACGACGAUUUAAUUCCAUCAACAACUGCAUACGACGAGAUAACACCUAUGUCUUCUUUCUUUUUCAAAUUAUUUAUAUUUAGAGCAUGAUAAUAAGAUUUUUGGUACUUAGAGUUUCCAAAAUUUAAAACUCAAGAUUUGGCGAUGGAGAAGGCGACCAUGAUGAGGACAGGGGCAACUGAGACGGAUACGAAGAAAAGGUUAAAACCGAUGGCCAAACAGUAAGUUGUGAUUCUCUUCACAAGAUCGCAAGACUAAGAUUGAUUGUCUUAAAAAGAUUUUGGAGAAUAAUACAACUAAAAUGAGGAAUAAAUUGAUGGAUGCUUUGUUGGGUAUCCUAUCACAGGCACUGCUUGAAAAUAGAAAACCUUGAUGUGGAGCUUUGGCUUUCCAUCUAGAAGGCAUGGGGCCUUGGAAAAGGCAAUAAUGGCAGGGCUUUUGUGAGGAUAAUCCACUGUAAUCAAGGUUUUCUCUUGAAUAAAAAAAGUAUCAACACAUUUUGGGACCUCAUAUUGCUGAUUCCUAAAGGGCCUCAAGUCUCAACUUGCAACGUGAUCUUCUUUGCCUCAAUGCCAAAUUGCUUUAUCUGAUCUAUGUACUUUGAUGAAUGCCGGUUGCAAAUGGAUUGAGCUCUUACUUUGGAAGCUAGCAAGCGGAAUUCUUCUAGCGUCUUUGUUAAUACUCUGUUUCAAUUUUUUCUUCUUAAUGAUUCUUUUUAAAAUGUUUACUUCUUAGUGAUGUGGGUUGAACAAAUCAUAUAGUAGGUUGAUGGUGAGGUUUUUGUUCGGUACCUAGAAUUUGAUAGAGCAUAUUAUUGAAGUUGGAAUAGUCUCUUUUAGAGUAUUAGAUUUUCUCCGGAAUUUUUAUCCAUGCUAAUAUUUCUUGGAAAGCUAGAGGAGAGCUAAAAACAAUGGCGUUGCAGUGGGUAAUUCUAACUUACAUCGUGGCAGCUGAGGCCGCCGUUGCUAUUCUCCUCACGCUGCCGUCGCCGAAGCCUCUCCGGUCUCGGAUCGUCUCGCUCAUAUCUCAAACCCUUCAGCCUUUACUCUUCAUCGUUCCCUUCGCCGCUUUCCAGCUCCUCGAUAUAUAUUGGAAGAAUGAGCACCGUUUGAUGUGCACAGGUGAGGUCUGCACUGCCACCGAGAGAGAUCGCUAUGAGAAAUCGAUAUACAAGGCUCAAAGGAAUGGCAUCCUUUGUGUGGCAGGAUGCCUCCUCUACUGGUGCAUCUACCGUGUGUGCAAGUACAACAAGGACAUCCAGAGCUUGGAGGAUGCGGAAAGGAAAAUCAAGAACCAGUAGCCCUAUAUUUCCCAGUAUUUUGGUUUGUGAUGCCACCAUGUGUUGGGUCAUCAUGUACUUUAUUUUAUGAUGACCAAUGUGCCCGUUCUUUGUGCGGUUUGUGGUUGUUCACGUCAGAGCAAUUGUUUAAGAGUUUUAGAUUUUGGAUGCUUGUUUGAAUUGUUACGUUGGUGUUGUGAUGUGAAGUGUCUAAUAAACACUACUUCCUCUG